AUGUCGAUAUGCCUAUUAGGCUUUUGUGCUUUGGAGAGGGUUGGUGGCUGGGGUUGGUGGUUGCAUAUUGCACCAGCUUGCCCUCUUAAUACACGCAUAUUUGCUAAAAGCCUUCUGAUUAGAUGGCUUCAGAAUCAUGUUGGUUUUAUUGAGGAGAACGGUCUCGUACAUGGUGUUCAACAUGGUGAACGGGCCUGGCCAAGGCUUGCUCCAGGCAGGCUGUUAGGAAUGGGACUUGUCUUCCUCAAGUUUUUUUUAUCUUUUGGAAGAGGUGACAAAUGGCGAGAUCAGCACUUGGGAGCUCAUCGUCUGCCAAACGACAAGGUGAUCUUGGCAGAGGUUGUUGAGCCUUUUUACCGUUGUGCGCUAUCGGACGUUAUAGGUCACUCUCUGGCUUUCCUUGGCCCUGGUGGAGCCCUCUUUUCAACGGGUUGUACCGUUAGAACGUUUCGAGAGGUGAUGCUCGUGGCCAAGAACCAACAUACGAGGAUCAUUGAGCUUGAUGUUAAUUUUGAUCGGCUUUUCCUAACGAGCCCUCAUCAUAUGCCGAAAUUCAGAGUUAACAGGUUCGGCAGUUGCCAAGCCCUUGCCCUUAGAGCAUUGGUUAAGGGUGUACACGCUUUGGAGGGAGUGUUCUUGCUGAACCUACAUGGUCUGCUCAAGGCCUUGCUCAAGAUGGCAGAAUAG